AUGGCGGCGGGCGGAGGCGGCGGCCCCGGCCCCGGAGCGGGGCCCGGCGGAGGCCCCGGGGGCCGCAGGGGCAGCGCGGGCCGGGACGCGGAGGCCGAGGUUUGGUGCCGGCGGGUGCGGGAGCUGGUGAGCGCGGCCCCCGCCAACCGGCUCUGCUUCGAGUGCGGCCAGCGCGGCGUCACCUACGUGGACAUCAGCGUGGGCAGCCUCGUGUGCACCGCCUGCUCGGGGGCGCUGCGGGGGCUGAACCCCCCCCACCGCGUCAAGUCCAUCUCCAUGACGACGUUCAGUGAGGCAGAGGUGCUGUUCCUGCAGGAGCGCGGCAAUGAGGCCUGCCGACGGGUCUGGCUCGGCACCUUCGACCCCCGGACCUCGGAGCUCCCUGACUCCCGGGACCCCCAGAAGGUCAAGGAGUUCCUGCAGGAGAAAUACGAGAAGAAACGAUGGUACGUGGCCCCAGAGCAAGUGAAACCCCCCCAAAGCACCACGGAGGCCCCCCAGCUGCUCCUGGGGGACACGGGGACGCUGCCACAGCCCCGCCCAGCCGCCCAAAGACCCCCCCAGCCCCCCCGAAAAUCCAGCACCGACCUCCUGGCAGACAUCGGGGGGGACCCCUUUGCCACCCCCACCCUGGGACCCGCCUUCGCCGCCUUCCCCGGCCCGGCCCCCCCGCCCCACUCUGCCUUCCCCCCUUUCGAUGCCUUCGGAGCCACCCUGGGAGCGCCCACGUUUGGGGGGGCUGGGCCCCCCUUCCACACCCCUCCCACCGCCACAGGUACCCCAGGACCUCCCGGGACUCCUGGGAAAGGGGUUUGGGAUCACCCUGGGAGGGGCUUGGAGUCCCCACACACCCUUGGGGUGCUCGGGAUUAAUGGGAAGGGGGGAGACGGGGUCCCCCCAUUCCUUGUGGGGGGCUGGGGAGGGGGUUUGGUGUCCCCACGGUACCCAGGGGGCUCAUGGGGAAGGAUUUGGGAACCCCUGGGACCCUCGGGACUCAUGGGGAGGGGGUUUGGGGUUCCCUCCCACCCACAGAACUCCCAGAAUUGAUGUGGCCAUUAAUGGGAUCAAUGGGGGGAGGGUUGUGGGGGCUCUGUCCCUCUCGGGGGUCCCAGGGGGUU